AUGCUCCCUCAGGCUCCGUCCACAGAUCCAGAGCCGGCCGUCGCCGACGAUGCGCCCGGGCUUGCUGGGCCAGGCGAUCUGCAGCUGCUAGCUCGGAUGGGCUACAAGCAAGAGCUGCGUCGCCAGUAUUCGACGGUGCAGGUGUUUGCGGUCGCAUUUAGCAUCAUGGGCCUUGUGCCGUCCAUCGCGUCCACCGUGUCAUUCUCUCUGCCGGCGGGCCCAGUUGGCAUGGUUUGGGGAUGGUUCACUGCAAGCAUUUUUAUUUUCCUGGUCGGGUUGGCCAUGGCUGAUCUGGCAUCCGCAAUGCCCACGGCUGGAGGGCUGUAUUGGUGGACGCACUAUUUCGCCGGCGACAAGUACAAGAGCCCAUUGAGCUUUCUGAUCGGAUAUAGCAACACGCUUGGUCUGAUCGGGGGCAUGUGUUCAGUAGACUAUACCCUGGCGCUCAUGAUUCUCUCGUGCGUCUCUAUUACGCACGAGGCUGAAUGGUCCGCAUCCCGUGGAGUCAUUUACGCGGUCUAUGUCGGCCUGAUCAUCCUGCACGGGCUGUGGGGCUCCUUGGCUGGCCGCCUGAUGCAUAGGAUUCAAACAUUGUGCAUCUACGCCAAUAUCGCGCUCGUCGUGGCCACCGUGAUCGCCCUGCCCGUCGGCAAGGUGACGCGAGGCGAGUCGCUCAACUCUGGCAAGUUUGUCUUCGGGCACGUCGAAAACCAAACGACAUGGCCCACCGGCUGGGCUUUUAUGCUGGCAUGGCUUGCCCCGAUCUGGUCCAUCGGCUCGUUCGAUUCUUGUGUGCACAUGAGUGAAGAGGCUAUGCAUGCUGCGAAGGCCGUGCCUCUGGGGAUUAUCUGGUCAGCCGGGUCUGCCUUUGUGCUUGGCUUCUUAGUUCUGUCUGUCAUGGCUGCCACGAUGAACCCCGAUGUAUCCAAGACGAUUAAUACUAAAUUCGGACAGCCAAUGGCCCAGAUUUAUUAUGACGCAUUGGGGAAGAAAGGUGCCCUGGGCUUCAUGGGCGUCCUCUGCGUUAUCGAAUUUCUGAUAGGCCUCAGCCUCAUCGUCGCUGCAUCUCGUCAAGCAUGGGCCUUCUCCCGAGACGGCGCCCUCCCUUUCUCACCCUUCUUUCGCCAUGUCAGCAAGCGCAUCCAGUAUCAGCCAGUGCGCAUGAUAUGCGGCUUGGUAGUCGUGUGUCUUGUACUGGGGCUGAUCUGCCUCAUCAACUCUGCCGCCGCCAACGCCCUGUUCUCACUGUUUGUUGCCAGCAACUAUCUGUCAUGGGGGACUCCGAUCUUCUGUCGGUUGGUUUGGGGCCAGGAACGGUUCCAGCCGGGUGAGUUCUAUACGGGUCGGUUUAGUACGCCGAUUGCGUGUGUUGCUGUGGUUUAUUUGGUGUUUGGGAUGGUGUUGUCUAUGUUCCCGACCACGGGGCCGAAUCCGUCUCCCUCGGACAUGAACUAUACUAUCGUCAUCAACGGCUUUGUUUGGAUUGGCUGUAUGGUCUACUACUUCUUCUUCGCCCGGCAUUGGUACUCGGGUCCCCAGUUGACCGUUGAUGAAACGCGCUCGACUGAUUCGGAUAACACGAUAUGCCCGCCUAUACCCAUGCAGAGGUCAGGCUUGGCCAAGGAGGAAUGA